AUGGGCGCCCUGUAACCGCCUCCUCAUGCUGCUGCCAGGCCCGUAAUCUGUCAUGGGCCCCUGUACCGCCUCCUCAUGCUGCUGCCAGAGUCCAGAGUGGGUGAUCCAUGGGUCCCUGUACGGCCAUCCCAUUAGCUGGCUAGCCAGUCCCGUUAAUCUGCCAUCGGGCCCAGCCCCGUAACCGACCACACUCAAUGCUGCUGCCAGGACUCCGUUAAUCUAGUCAAUGGUGCCCACUUGUAACCAGCCUCCUCAUGCUGCCUGCCGAGGGUCCAGAGAGUGUCAUGGGGACCCUUACUGGCCGCAUCCCCAUUGCUUGCUGUCAGCCAUCGCCACACUCUGCCAUAUGUGCCACUUUCAGGUACUCCUCACAUUGCUGGUGGGUUCCAUGUUUGUCAUAGGGUGCUGUAUGGCCUCCAUCCCAUUGCUGCUGCCA